GGCAGGUGGAUUGUUAACCACUGCGCCACCAGGGAAGUCCCGCCACCGUCAUCUCUUGCCUGGGUUACAUUGUCUGCCUCAGUGGUCUUUUCCCCUGGCCUGGCCCUGCCACCCGCCUAAACCUAUUCAGCACACUUAGCCAGCAGAUCAAUUCUGCUGCCACCACCCCACCCCUUGCUUGAAAAUGUCUAUUUCCAUGCUGUCCUCCAACUCCAUUCCAUCCUACCCUUGCCUUGAAGUCAAAAUUUACUUCUGAAUUUAGAAUGAUCUUUUUCACUCAAUUAUAGUGCUAGGUGUAGGGAGUAAGCCAGAGUCCCUGCUCUCAAGGAGCUCACAGUCUGGGUGGGGGACAUAGAUAAAUAAGCAUACAAUUCCAACCUCGCGACGAGUGAUGUGAUUGGGAUAAGGGGAUGGUGUUCUGGAAACAUGAAGAAGAACACCUAACCCAGCCUUAGGGUAGAGAUGGCUUCCCAAAGGAGGCACCAUCACAGUGAGCACUGGAGAAUGAACAGCAGUUACUCAGGUGAAGCAGGGAGAGGAAGAGGACUUUCUAGGUAGAUACAUCAGCCAGAAGACAAGAGGGAGCAUGUCUGGAAAGUGAAAGUAGUUCUACGUUGCUGGAAUGAAGGCUAGAAAGGAAGGAAUUGCAUUGAGGUUGGAAAGAUGCAAUGAGGGCCAGGUCACCGAGGGCCUUAUAGGACAUAUGAAGGCACUUAGAAUUUAUUCUAAGGAAAAGGGAAAGAAAAGGGUUUAAUGGGUGAAGUAUUCAGAGCUGCAUCUUAGAAAGGUCACUCUGGCUGUGGUGUUCAGACACAGUUGGAAGGAGAAGGAGGACCAGUUCAGAGACUGUGCAGUGAAACAUGCAAGAGAUGGUGGUGGGCAAAGAAGUGGAUGGAUUUGAGCACUAUUCAGGGGGUAGAAUCUGCAGUUCCUAAGUGGGGAUUGUCAGUGUGAGGAAAAGGGAAAUAGCAAAGGUUACCCAAGGUUUUGAGUUGAACACCCAGGCAGAUGGUGGGACUUUUCACAGAAACAGGGAAGAUUGGUAUAGGGAGACAAGGGGGCCCAAGACAACAACGUCAGUUUUAGACUUACUGAGUGUGAGAUGCCACGGAACAGCCCAGGGGAAGGGCUGGCAGGCAUUCAUGUCCACAGGUCUGGUGUUCAGGUGUGAUGGAAUAUUUUGAGAUGCUGAAUCUAUCAGGAUGCUUUCUGCUACAAGUAACAUACAACCUCAUUUUUUUUUAAAAAAAAAAAAAAAGAAAGAAAGUAAACUACUUCAUGUAACAAGGAGCCAGAGGUAGGUGGGCUCUGAAGUUGGCUGAUUCAGCAGCUCAAUAAUAUCACGGACCCAGGCUCUGUCCAUGGUUCUGUUCAGCCUUCCUCCUCGGAGGGAAGUUUCAUCCUCGGGAUGGUUCUCCUCAUUGUCUGAAGGUGGGUGCCAGUAGCUACUGCGUGAUGCUUCUGUCUUCAUAUUCAGUGGAAGAAAGAGAAACCCCUCCUCCCAAGGAUGAGAUAUAAGUCCUUUCCUUCAGACCGUCUGGCAAGGAUCAUUGGUGUGUCCGCACCUGGAGCAGUAACAGUCAUCACUGACUUGGGCUAAUUGUCUGGUAUGGAAUGGACAUUGGGGAUCAACCACAAUGUCCAUUGCAAAUAUUACUCAAGCUUCCCACCAUUUUCACCCUCCACCCCUUGCCUUCUCUCCUUUUCAUUCAAUAGCAUUUCUUAUCUCAGAGGAGAAAUGUCACUGAAGAAAAGCAGACAAAAGCUUUGGAGUUUCAACGAUUUAGAUUUUCAAGUGAGCAAAAUUUCCAGUUUGGAAACUUUCACAUCAGAGUCUGUGGCCUAUGACUUGUACUGGAUAGAAGGAAGAGUUUGAGCUGGGUUUCUCAGGUGUCCCACAUGAGAAAAAAAUGAAACCACUCAAGAACGGUGUAUUAAGUGAGAAAAGAGAAAUGCCUUGGGGAGACUCGUAGAGGAGCAGAGGAAGUGAAUCCUGAGAAUUAACUGGCAGAGAGGUAGGAGGCCUCAGGAAGCCAGGGCAAGAGAGAGCUUUCCAGAGGGAGUGGCUAGCUGCGUCAGAGGAUGCUGGGAACCCAGGUUAAGUAACAGGUGGGAAACGUGAGGUUUAUCAGCAAGGAAGAUGUUAGACCUCAGUGAGGGCAGCUUCAGGGCAGGGUAGGGUCAGAGACAAAACACGGUCAACUGAAGAGCGAAUGAGAGAUGGGGAAGUGGAGAGCAGACUACUCUCAUGAGAUGUUUGAUUGUUGAAAGAAAAGAAAGAACCAGAGCAAGAAAGAUCUGUGUUGGAAAAGUGAAAUUUUGAAGAAAGGAGAGACUGCACCAAUCGUUUUCAAGCUGCGGGUCAUGAAACAUUGUAAUAAAAAUUAUUGGGUCAAGACAAACAUUUUAAAAUAAAAAGAAUAGAAAACUUUAGGGUAUGGUGAAACUGUUAUUUUCAGUGUAUGUAUGUGUGUUCUGGGUUUUCAUGUAAAAUACAUUUUUUUAUCUUGGAUCGCAGGGGGGAAAAAUUGAAAAAGACCAGACUUGAACGAGUUUAAGUGCUGGGGAGAAUUGAAAGAAUCAAUUUGUCACGCGUGGAUCCAGCCACCUAUUGAAAUUAUACAACCUCAGACUUGGCUGUGAUUGAAGAGUUUUAGGAAAACUCAAAAUCCAAUUCUAAAAAAGCGAUCUGAUGUUAACCUCAAGAAGACAGGGCUGGGAUUUGAUUGUGAUUAAGAAAGCCUAUACCGUAUUGAUUUUAUUGUAUUCUGCUUGUUGGAAGAGGGGAAGUCGUUUUCAUGUCAUCUGUAAGAAGGUCACCUCAAAAGUGAGGACGUGACCACAUUUACUUAGCAGUUCCUAGAGCGAACCAGUUGUGGUGGGUAUCCUGGACCCCAGGGAGGUGCCCACUGUUGUAGUGGAAUAAUUCCUUAGGGGCCACCUGCCGUGCGUGGAAAAGGGGGUUCAGUUAUCUGAGUUGCAAAGAAGAGAGACUAAAUGAAUAUCCCAAGCAAACGGGAGUUCAUUGUGAAGUUACACGUAGAAAUAAGGGGGACAAGAAUUGCAGCUGCCUGGGGUGGAGUGGGAGUCAUUUCACAGGAACCCAGAAACACCUGUGUGACACGGGCUCUGCAGCCCCGUCAGGCUUCACGGAGCAUGACAGGUGACAGGAAGCUCCAUCCACGGCAGGAGCACAAGGCUCCCUGACCAGUGCUCCUACUGCUUCGACUGCUCCUGUCACAAUAAGCAAAUGACCUCACCCUUUGCCCUGGCUCUUGCUGACUCACAGUUUCUUCUUACUCGUGGCUUCAAUUGUCCUACGGUUUCCAUGACCAGAUAGAAAUUGCGCAAGCCGAGAAGAUGGUGGGUUUGUGCCCCCAAAGAACCAUCUCGCCCGAGUUAGAAUUCAGGCUCCUUUUAUACUAAAAGGGGAGGGAAUAAAGUCAAAUGCUUCCUGGUUCCCAUCUGCCUCAUGAGGGGAUGUGUUCAUUUCUUCCUCCCUGCAGUCAUUCACAGGUGGACCUGGUCAAGAUGUUUCCUGUGAGCUAAACAAAGGUAUUUUAGCUUAAUGCUCAUUACCUGGGGAGCAGGGUUCCCAGAGAUGGGCCAUUAUGUAUAAUUUAAGCUUAUAGGCAACAUCCCUUUAGUGAUUAACUUGUCAUAGAAUACAAAAGGUUCUUCCCUCUUCCAGUUAGAGUGAUGGAAGAAGGGGUCACAAGCUAAGGAAUGCUGGCAGCCUCUCGGAGCUGCAAAAGGCAAGCAAACAGAUUCUCCUCUGAAGCCUCAGAAGGAAUGGAACCAGACCAAAUUUUAGAAUUCAGACCCCCAGACCUGUAAGAGAAUAAAUUUGUAUUGUUUUAAGCCACUAACUUCGUGGCGAUUUGUUACAGCAGCAAUAGGAAACAAGUAUACAACCCGACAUAUUUUAUAAGCACACAUGCAUAGGUAAGAACUUACAUCAAUCACAUUAGAGUGGUGUCUAUGGGGGAGAGCAGACAGGGAGUAAAGGGGGAUUGAUAGAAUAAAACAAGAGAGGUGGCUUGCACCUCCCCAUAUUCGAGGUCCAGCAAAGACAAACAGAAGCAGGUCGCUCUGACUGCUGUAUAGAAAACAGGUUGGACGCUAUGACAGGCAUAGCAGAUAUUCUGAGCAUUGGCCGUUUGAAAGACUUUUAUGAUAUAAAAUCAGUCUCCUUGUACCUCGAUUCUGUGAAGGUGGUGCCCUGAGGAGCAGGCAUAAAUAUUUUGUUCACCAGAAGGCAUAUCGCUCAUGGUAAAUCACUCAGUUUCUCUUACAAAUUCGAUGAGUGUGACUCCAAGAUCUACUCUGGGUAGCCUGACAAACUCAAGUUUCCAGGUUUGUGAACUUGGCCCUGGACUGUGCUGACUACCUUAAAAUCAUGUAAAGCCACUGUGCAGACAACCUCCAUCCUUCAAACUUCAGCCUUAUUCCUCCACGUAUCCCAAAUGUGUGAUAAAGGGCCUUACACACAGUAGGUGCACAAUGUUUGUCAGUAGCCAUCCCUGCUAAUCUAGGAGUCAGGGUCCAGCACAUUCACAGUACCUGUGAGUGGAAUGAGGGGACUGUCCCCUUCCUUCCAGUCAGACCAUCUUUCUAGUUUUAUUUCCUACUAUCCUACGUUCCAUCUAUCCCUAAGGACUUACCCUCAUCUGAACACUCCAAGUUUCCUUGCCUUUGCAAGUGCUGUUCCGAGUGACUAGAAGAGCCUUCUCUCUUUUACAGGAAGUUCAAAUAUUACUUCUUUUUGGAGGUCUUCCCUAUCUCUCCAGGUAUUCAUUUGAUCAAUUAUUCAUUCAUCCAUUGACUCAUUCAACAAAUAGUGAACACCCUUACAGGCAGGCACAAUGCAAGACAUUGAAUAUAUAAUGUAAGCCAAAAAUAAAAGGUCACCACCUUCAUGGAGGUCUAGCAGGAGAGAUCAGGUUUAAUAAACACGAUACAUUAGGUUCACAUUGGUGAAUAUACAAUUACCAACUGAGAUACAUGCUCUGAGGAAACACUGUUCUUUGAGAGCACACAACUAAGGAAACUUUUUUAGAUUAGGGUGGGUUUUGAGUGGAGGGGUUCAAGGAAGCCCUCUACAAGAAAGUAACAGCGAACAUCCAUUUGGAGGCAUGAAUAGGCAAAGUGGAAGGUAUUGCAGACAGAGAGACUAGAAGGAACACGACAACUUUCAGGGAUUGGAAAUGGCAAUGGAGUUGAAAAGCAGAGAACAAGGCGGAAAGUGGUACAAGAUGGGGAGUAUGAGUGGGGAGAGGUCAAGGCACAGUGGUAACAUGACCAGAUUUGCAUUUUGGAAAGAUUACUCUAGCUGCUAUAUGGUGAAUGGAUUAUUGUGGAAAGCAAGAGGGAAUGGAGGGUGGGAGGCUUUUGCAAUCCUCUAGGUGAGAUUAGGGUGGAGAUAAUGAAGAGGAAGAAGGUAAAUGAAAUCCAAAGGUAAUGAAAAGGUGUGAAGGAGAAAUUGGAAGGGGAGGGCUUGUAUAAUAGGAAGCACAAGUCAGGGAGAGAAUCUACCAGAGUCCUGUACGCUUGAAACCAUCGCCCAUUUCCCAUUAGAGGUUAACCCCUUCCAUUCUAACCAGUGUUCUAGGUUCCCUCAUUUUCACACCCCUGCCUGCCAACGGUCCUCCAGGCCUGUGGUGUUGAGUUCCAAUGACACUGUUUUGAGCCUUGUUUUCUUAUCUGUGAAAUGGAGACCACACCUCACCAUUCGUAAAGGUGGAGUGAAAAAAGUGAUUGUUUCUUUUUAUUUUUGUUAUUGUUAGCCUCAGUUCAAUUUUUUCCAGCCCUCUCCGCCCGUUUGGAGGCAGUUCCUCGGCCUAGGCACAACGUACGGUCGUUUCCUACAAUGUGUCUGGAGCGGAUUCCCCACAGCUUGACGCCGAACUCUGAUCAGAGUCGGGUGAGCGGUUCGUGCCAGCCUCCAACACCGUCAGUUAGCCUCAUUCAGGACACCAGCCCUUCCCACAAUGCCGCGAGACUGCACCGUCCCGCACCAGUCCCGAGACCUCGCGAGAGUACCCAGCGCCCGUUGUCUCUCAGACUCCGAGCCCACGCCUUCGCCGGCCUCAGAAAGGUCUCCUCCUUCUUCUUCCACCCCGCGCUCCGCUCUCGGAUUGGCUGGUUGAGUCGGGUCAGUUUUUUUCCUGGCCAGAAAGCGGCUCGACGACUAGUCCUUCUUUUGGCCUCGCCUCCGAAGCCUGCGGAUUGGACAGCUGAAUCCUGUGACACACGCCUCCGCAGUAGCGCAGACAAGCCAAUCAGGAGCUUGGCGUAUUUUACAAACUGGGGAAGUAUCUGCAGCAGAAACCGAGAGAGUCCGGGGAAAAAGCGAAGCAAUUGUAGUCGUCAUGACUACCCUCCAAGCCACGAAGGAUCCUCUCCUCCGGGGUGUAUCUCCUACCCCCAGCAAGAUUCCCGUUCGCUCUCAGAGACGCCCGCCUCUCCCCACAGUCAAACCCAGCGCCCUGGACCAGGAGAACCAAGAUCCAAGGCUUUUUGUUCUCCCUUCCCUCAGAGAUUGGUGCAGAAGCUCAGUAGUCAGCGCCCUCUCGUUGACUCAGCAGGCCCCAGGCCGAAAGCCACACAUCAAACAGAGCAAUCGGAGAGAUUGGUGGGGAGUACUCGGCUUCGGAACCCCUUGGAGGAGCUCAGGCCUAGCCCUGGGAGACAAAAUGUGGGACCUAGGCCCCCUCCCCAGACAGAGGCUCCAGGGACCAUAGAGUUUGUGGCUGACCCUGCAGCCCUGGCCACCAUCCUGUCAGGUGAGGGGGUGAAGAGCUGUCGCCUGGGGCGCCAGCCCAGUCUGGCUCAGAGAGUACUGGUUCGAGGGAACCAGGGAGGCACCAUCCGGAGGCGCCAGGAUGCCCGGGCCUCUGCAUACUUGGCUCCCAGAACCCCCACCCACCGACUGGACCCUGCCAGGGCUUCCUGCUUCUCCAGGCUGGAGGGACCAGGACCUCGAGGCCGGACCUUGUGUCCCCAGAGGCUAGAGGCUCUGAUUCCACCUUCAGGACCUUCCUCUCACCCCUCUGCUCCUCCCGGUUUCCAGGAGCUAAGAAGAGAGACAGGUGGCAACAGCAAGACUUCAGUGAGCCAGGCCUCAGGAUUGCUUCUGGAGACCCUUGUCAAGCCUGCUUCCUCUCUCCCUGAAGGAGAAUAUGAAGUUGUCACUCACUCAGAUGAAAGAGGAGGGGGCCCCCUCGGUCUGGCUCAGCGAGUACCAUUAAAAGAAACCCGAGAGAUAACACACACCAAGGACGGCCGUGACUCCUGCCUGAUGCCCUCCCCUGGCCAAGUGAUACCACCUGCCAUCACCCGGCCAUCACCCUUUGGACGGGCUCAGCGUGUGCCUUCCCCUGGCCCCUCAGCUCCAACCUCAUAUUCAGUGUUGCGGCGUCUCGCCAUCCGCCCCAAAACCCAGUUCACACCCCUUCCAUCGGCCCCCAGAGCUCAGCAGGCCCGGUGGUUGAGUGGCCUCUCCCCUCAGCCUUGCCCUGAAGAGCCUGCCCUGCCCUGGCCUGGCUUCCUCAUGUGGCCCCUCUCCUCCCAUGUGGCAGGAGCAGAUUGCAGUCCGGUUAUUUGACCAGGAGAGUGGUAUAAGGUUGCAGGAGGCUCCUGGGAAGCCACCCGUGUCAACUCCUUAUGGACCCCACCCCAGUAGAACCCCCAACCUCCAGGAGCUGAAGCUGC